UAGAUCAACCCAUGCUAAUAAACGAUUUCCUAUUUUUGUUUCUACAUUUAGACUAAACGGAGGGUUAUACCAUAUAAUAUUUCGCUUGCGAUUUUUAUUUUUAGGUGAUGUAACCUGGGGUUGGUAUGUAAGCUUACAGUUAUAACCAGCUUUUUUAAAAGCCUCUUCGUAAGAUGGUGUAGUAUUAUUAAAAACAACUUCAUUUGAUGACGUUGAAGAUAAUCUUAUUUCAACAGUACGUUGGAGUCUUUUAAUAACAUUAGGCGGGUGGUUGGAAUCACAGUGGACAUAUAUCAGUUCAUUAUCGGGUUUAGCGUAAGACAGUGCUGAAGUUUGCGAUGUAAUCUGUCUAACGGAAACUUGGUGUCAAAUUGGCGAUGAGUUAAUUUCUAAUUUUUCUCUACCAGGUUAUAAUUCAAUACACCAACCCGGGUAAAACGGCAUUGGCGAAGGCUCAUCAACUAAAUUUAGUAAAGCAAAUCAAUCAACUAAGCUUUUAAUGUUAUAGCUAAAUGUUCAGAAAUGCAUCGAACACUUUUCUCGUUUGCAAUUUUUACUAAUAUUACGAUUAUUAUGGCUACCUGUGUGGAAUUUAUGAAAAACAGUGAAAAGAAACUAGAAAAGUCUAUAAAUACUUUUAAUGAAUCGUUUUACACUCAAAUGCAUUAUGUUAAUAUGUUGGAUAUAAAGAAAAGAAAUGUUCAAUCAACAUCAAAUGAAUCAAAUGAAUGGAAUGAAAAAGUUGAAUAUUUUAAAAGCCUUUUGACAACAAUUAUAAAAACCACAGCCACCUUAGCAGGAGUAGGAGACUUUGUUUCUGUACUUUCUGACUGGAUAGAGCAUUUUACAAAAAAUGAAAAUGUGUGGACAGCAAUUAAAGAACAAGUCCGUUUUGAAAUUGAAAACAAAAUUUCAAGUAAACAUUAUUUUGAUUUGCAAGUUUAUUGGGAUGAAUACACUACCAUCGCAAGACAAAAUAAUAUAACAAAGGAAAUAUUUUAUAGUAGAGUAUUGAAUAAAAAAAAGUUGUUUUUUCCGCAGACUUAUUGGGAUCUAUUUGAGUUUUCCCCCAUAAUGAUUUCCAGUGCAAUAGUUAGUUACGUUACUUAUUUUACAGCAUUCUAUUAUCAGCUUAAAAAAGAAAAACAAAUUACGGAUGAUAACUUUCAAUUACUUCAUGACAUUAGGGAUGAAGUAAUUCAAGCAGCAAAGACAAUGCAUCGAAAACGCUAUCAAAAUUUGUACGGAAAAGAUUCAUACCCCUACUUUUUUAAUCGAAUUAUGGAAAGCUCAACACUAACUUUUGAAGAUCCUUAUGGAGGAAAAGUGUACACAAGUAAACUUUAUUAUGUCAAGGAAAAAAUAUUUGAUGUUAUAAUGUCAAAUACAUCUAAAAUAAUAAUGAAGUAUUUGGUAAAUGAAGUAAACAAGUUCUUUAACAAGACACUUUGCGGAAAACUUUGCCCACAACUAAUAACUGAAAAUGAUAUUCAAUUCCACUACGAAAGAAGUUGCUACGGGAAACCCACUUCAAAGUGUUGUUUACCGUGUUUUAACUAUAAUAGAAGUUUCAUUAAUGAUUGGUGUCCAACUGAGAAAGGCGUUAAAAAUAAUCGCAUAUGGACAAAGGACAAAUUUGAAAAUUAUGUUUCGUGUGAAAGAAAUGACUGGUCAAAAAACAAUAAGGAUUGUAUGCCAUUAAAACAAGUAAAUGGAGUUCCACGUUUUAAAAAGUUUAGGAAAAAUAAAAUAAAAAGAACUCAUUAAAAAUAAAACUUAUUGUAUUUGCAAAAAAA